GGGGCCCGGCCGGUAGGGUGCGGCCACCCCUCUCUCGCUCCCUCCCCUCCACAGCCUCCCUAGUGGUCGCGUCCGGCUCCAGCUGACCGGCCUGGAAUCCCGGCUGGGAGCCCCGCGCCCCCCCGCCCACCGCUCCCGCCGCCCAGCGCACCGGCCCCGCCAUGGGAGACGCCGGCAGCGAGCGCAGCAAGGCGCCCAGUCUGCCACCGCGCUGCCCCUGCGGCUUCUGGGGAGAAGCUCCUGCCUGGCAUAUUGAGCUGCUCCAGAAGGUCUAACCCAUAAGCAGUCCAGCAAGACUAUGAAUCUCUGUUCCAAAUGCUUUGCUGAAAAAAGAAAUCCACACAACGAAAAAGAUUUCCAGAAGAAGCAGCCAGAUGAUGACUCUACUCCCAGCACAAGCAACAACCAGUCAGAUUUGUUCUCUGGAGAAACGAAUAGUGACAACAGCAAUACCUCUCUAACCACACAGGCCGCUAAUUCCAACCAGCAACUUUUGACAGAACUGAAUGUGACUUCACCGAGCAAAGAGGAAUGUGGGCCAUGCACAGGUACAGCUCAUGCCUCAUUAACCACACCAACCAAAAGAUCUUGCGACUCAGAUUCACAGUCGGAGAGUGAGGCUUCUCCUGUGAAACGGCCACGGCUACUGGAUGACAGUAACGACAGGCCCGAAGAAACCAGUCGAUCCAAACAGAAGAGUAGACGCCGAUGCUUCCAGUGCCAAACAAAACUGGAGCUAGUACAGCAGGAACUGGGAUCAUGUCGCUGUGGUUAUGUGUUCUGUAUGUUACAUCGCCUGCCUGAACAACAUGACUGCACGUUUGACCACAUGGGACGUGGGCGUGAGGAAGCCAUUAUGAAAAUGGUGAAACUGGAUCGGAAAGUAGGGAGAUCUUGCCAGCGCAUUGGCGAAGGAUGUUCCUGAGUGCAAGACUGCAACCAAAUGCUGUUCUCUUAGUUCACUAAUGUUAGCCUUAUUUAGGACAAAGUCAGCCAGACACCUUGUACUAGGCAAGUUUCAGACUACAGCCAAUCAGUUUCCUUUCUUUAGCCAACCGUCCUGGUACUGUAGUUUAGGGGUUGAUGGUGGUUGAAAUUGAUUUCUGGCUGGUUACUAAGGUGCCUGCUAGCCACCGUAUUCAAACAAACAAACAAACAAAAAACAUGAAGAAAUAUUAUUUUUGAGCAUGGCUAGUGGAUUUAAACAAAACAAGAAAAAUCCAAAGGCUUCUUGUUACUGCUGGAGUCACUCUAAAAGCCUUAUGCUGGAAACAUUCCAGCUGCAGAGUUAAAACAAAUAGUUAUAUAGAAGCUGGUGUAAAAGUUUGCUAUGCACAUGGCUUUUGGACAAACUGUUUAAUGUGCAGCCUUUCACUUCUUCAUUGCUAGUGAAUCCUGAGGAGGUGAAAUACUACUGAGAGCAGCAACUGCAGCUGCUUAAGCCCAGAAGACCUGACUGGUCACUCGUGCCUUCAUCGCGUGUGGCUUUUGAGUUAGGCAGUGUCACCAGCAUCAGGGAUUCUGUUGGGGUAGGAACAUCUUUCUGGUUCUUCCCAGGAAGCCAAAAAAGAAAAGGGGACAGAGAUUCUUAUGAAAAAUUUUUAUAUCUAUCUUACUAUAGAGAACCUAUCAGGGUUUGGUUGUGGGUUUUUUUUGUUGUUGUUGUUCAUUUGGUUUUUUUCCUUCUCAGUUAAAUUAUGACCUCACUUUAAAGCCAACUCCAUCCCAGAGCAGUAAAUGGUGCAUACUUUUUACAUGGCAUCCACAGAGAUUCUAUGAGUUAUGUGAACAGAUUACGCAUAACUUAAGCAGUGCAGCCAUUCCCACCGCCCGAAACCUGAUUGGCUCUUGUUUGCCUUUUGCUAAGUGCAGGUAUCUGAUAAUUGAUCAAAUAAGGCUAAUUCACAGCACAGUAGCCAUGGCUGGAUUCUACAGACUGACUUUCUGUAGCUAGAGUUAUAUAUUGGGGAAAAAAAAAAAGGACAUUUUGUAGCAAACGGAAUUCAGUAACAGUAUUGGGGAACAACCGGUAAAAAAACACCCUUUAUCAGAUGAGUUUGUGUUCCUCACUGCCAGAGUGUCAAUGAGAUAAUCAAAUGGGCUCUGUCAGCCCUCUUUCUAUGCAGCUGAAUGCUCCCAUGAAAAUCUCUGCCCACAUCGAUUGCAAAGCAAGCAAAGCAAGCAUAGCAAGUGAAUGUGAAAAGCAUUACAUGGAGUAGGAUGCUUUGGAUCCGUUUCCACCUGCGGUUCUGUGUUACGGUGUCACGCUGAGCUGAGCGGGAUUGCACCAGGCUUGUCAGUUUGGACGCACGAAACAGCAAACAUAAUAAUGGGCACAUCUCCUGCUGCACACAAGGAUUUGUACUGAUGUGGCCCAGCUUAAUCCUGAGUGAAUUUAGCUUCUCAGUCUAUUAGUAAGGUAUUAACAAUCAGGGAAAGUUGUUAGAAAACCUGAGGGAGGGAAAUACUUUUGUUGCAUCUUCAAAUACUGGGCAGAUAGGGUGAAGUAACAUGUCACGUGAAAAACCCCAGCGUUUUAGGACUAAACUUGUAUGAGUCAUCCUCUGUUCUAUAUGUUACAGGUAACUAACUCCUUACAGGCCAAAUUAUAUUGUUACUUUGCUAGCCAGCUAGGAGCAUUUAACAAGGAGACAACUAAUUUAAAAAAAAGAAAA